UUUUACAAUUGAAUAAUUAUGGAAUUUUAAAACUAGGAAAAACGCAAAAUAGCUAUAUGCAAUAAUAUUUAAGACAUUUUUGAUAUAUAAAACAUAAAUUUAUUUAUCUUAUAGAAAAAUGAAUUAUGAAUAUACUAAUCUGCGUAAUUCAGUAGAAAUGCAUAACAAAUGUUGUAGUGGUCGUAUGUGGUGUGUUAAGGAUAUUUGCGGAAUUGUAUGUGCCAUUAUGACAUGGCUUUUAAUAAUAUUUGCUGAAUUUGUAGUUAUGAGAGUUAUAUUAUGGCCAAGCCCUUAUCCAGUAUUUAGUACAAUUAAUACAAUAAUAUUUCAAAUUCUAGCGUUUUUAGCAUUUGCAUCACAUUUGAGAACCAUGCUAUCAGACCCAGGUGCAGUACCUCGAGGUAAUGCUACAAAAGAAAUCAUACAACAAUUAGGCUUUCGUGAAGGAGAAGUUUUUUUUAAAUGUCCAAAAUGUUGCAGUAUAAAACCAGAUAGAGCGCAUCAUUGUUCAGUUUGUAACAGAUGCAUUCGCAAAAUGGAUCAUCAUUGCCCAUGGGUAAAUAACUGUGUUGGCGAAAAUAACCAAAAAUAUUUUGUUUUAUUUACAUUUUAUAUAGCAAUCAUAUCUACCCAUGCAAUGUUCUUAGUUAUUAAUCAAUUUGCAUUGUGUGUUAAGCAUGAAUGGCGUGAUUGUUCUCCUUACUCUCCUCCAGCUACUGUAUUUUUAUUACUAUUUCUAACAUUUGAAGCUCUAUUAUUUGCAGUUUUUACAAUGGUUAUGCUGGCAACACAAUUAAGUGCAAUUUGGAACGAUGAGACUGGUAUAGAACAACUUAAAAAGGAAGAGGCUCGUUGGGUGAAAAAAUCAAGGUGGAAAAGUAUACAAGCAGUUUUUGGUCGAUUUUCAAUUGCUUGGUUUUCACCUUUUACAAAUCCAGUUUCUAGAUCAAAAUAUGAAACACAAUUUUAUUCCGUAUAAAUUAUUACAAAUUAUGUUUUAUGAGAUUUUUACAAAUUAUCACCUAUAAUUUUAUUACAAUUAAUGUUAAAACCUAUCAUUAUUCACCAUUAUAUUUAAGUGUUGAAAUUAAUUCCAAUUUUCACAACACAAGGGCAAAAAAUUCUUAAAAUUCUUGUUCAUUAGUAUCAAUAAGGAUAUUUAUGUAGCUUUAUUUUUUUAUAUAUGAUGUAAAGUGGAUUGCAAUUAGUUUUAUAAUUCAGCGUGAAUGUAGUGGUAAAUUAUUUAUGAAAUUAAAUUUUUUUGAGCAGAUUUGUAACAAAUAUAUGCAUAUUAGUACUUAAAAUAAACUUAUAAUUAAAUUUUAUUCAGUAAAAGUAAUGGGUUAAACAUAUAAAUUAAAGACAAUUCUACACAACGCGGUGAUUCAAGUAUUAAUUGAUAUUACAAAAAAUAGUAGCUGCUGAGAAACUUAAUAUUGAUUGGGAAGAAUGCAAUGGAUUUGAUAAUUUGACUAAAUAAAACAAAUGUAAGGAAGUGUGAGGUGCGCAAAAAUUGCUUUGAUGAUCAUGUAACCAAGAUCUGCAAAAGUCAAUCGUAACCAUGUGUAUAAAUUGUUUUAGGGCAAAUGAAAGGUUUAUUUUGGCUUGGAUGCUUAACACAGCACAUUUAAUAAGGCAUGCGUUUUGUAUCAGAGACAACUUGAUUCUAAAAAGAAGCGAAUUGAAACGUAAAACAUAAUUUAAAUAAAAGUAAAGGAUAUGUGAUACUAACAGCACUUCGUUUAAAUGUACAGUGGUAAAUAAUAUUAAUUUAUUAAUUCUACUUACGUAUUUAAUCAGUAAAAUUGAGAAAAAAAGUAAAAUUCAAGUUAUGCUUUUGCAUGUAUGUAAAAAUAAAGCAAAAAAUCUUGAUCCUUAAUGGAUGCUUUACGAUAUGUAUUAAUGGUCAAAUACCAAACUAUUAACAUAAACACACAUUAAUUAAAAAAUCGGUUUAAUGAGUCACUUUUCAGGAUAUUCAGUUUUAUUUUUAAGGUUCAAAGCUUUAUCAUCAAAAGAUAGUCUUUAAAAAUCUAUCAAUUAUUUUAUUAAAACAGUCGUUUGUAUAUCACAACUUAUAGAAGAUUUUUGCCAAAAGGUUUGUAAUCGACAAUAAUCAAUAAAUUUUUUCUUGUAGGGUUAUGAAAAAUCUUCGGUCCAUAAAAAUAAUCUAAAGAAAUUGAACAAAUAUUAGAAAUUACACAAUGUGAGCUGUCUGAAGAGACUAUUUGAACUAUAUUCUAUCUCAGCCGUAACUGUACUGUAUAUAUAUACAUCUAACUGAAUCAAAAAUUGUUCGCUUCCUUAAUUCGUUCUAAGUUUUAUUUUGACAACAGGAACAUAUACUUAUAUGUACAUAUAUAUGUAGAUUCAAAAGUCAUAUAUAAUGGGGUCAUUA